GUUUAAAACCUGGCAUACUGAAAACCCAAAAAGAUUUUCUUGAGAAUAGGCCUGGGCUAGAGGCUAGAAUUUGGUGAAUAUUUUCCCUGUUGGCUGAUGAUCUUGCCUUCUCUGGACUCAAAGACUCGGGGGCUGUUGACGCUGUUGUUGUGUUUAUAAUGUGUGUUGAACAAGGCUUCUUGUACAAGUGAGCCAGAUCUUGAUCAAGAAUCUAGGCUAGGCUAGUAGGAAGUGAAAGGUGCCGUUGGCUUUUGCUAGAUAUGUAAAGUGACUUAUAAAUUACUUCUAACCGCGGAAGACAGGGCUGAGCUGGGUAAAAGUAUUCACAGAUCAAGAUUGAGAUUAAAAUGAUCAAGUGAGAAAUAACGGAGACAGUCCAAAAAUAAAAAUACUUUCGAAGUCGACGAAGAGUUGACUGCAAGAUUCAAGCUUUUCAAGAUGUGUGAGAGUUUUCGGAUUUUAUGUGCCCUGUGUCGAGUUGGGCUUUAUGCUCUUUAUCGCAGGCUAUGUUGUAAGGGACCAUCACCAGUGAGGCCAAAUUUUGCCAUUUUAUGUAUUGGACUGGAAGGUGCUGGGAAAAGUUCAAUACUAGCUACCCUUAGUGGAGAUGACCUCCACAAAAUUGAGCCUACUAUAGGAUUCAGCAUUAAGGCCAUUUUGUUUGAGGACUGCAUCUUGGAUGUGAAAGAACUUGGUGGGGGCGACAAAGUUCGACCAUAUUGGGAAAGAUACUUCCAGACUUUUCAAGGUAUUAUCUUCGUAAUAGACAGCAGCUCAGAGGAAGGAAAACUGCAGACUGCCAAGACUGAAUUGCACAACGCAGUCAAGCAUCAACAACUCAAGUCUCUUCCAUUGCUUGUUAUUCUCACUGGACAAGAUAAAGAAAAUGCCCGCAGUGUUGAGGAGGUGUCACAGUUUCUAGAAGCAGAUACAACAUUUAGUGGUCGACAGUGGCUGAUUCGUGGCUGUGUUGUCAGUAACAAGGAGACUUUGCUGGAAAUCUUCUCACACUUUAACGAGAUACUACAGAAAAAUUUGGAUGCAGAAAUAGAGCAGAGGCAGAACUCUCCUCAGCAUACGAAUCGUUUAUGAUCAAGAGAUUUUCUGUUGAAAUAAUUGAUAUGCUGAUGAUGGCAGUAGUCUGUCAUGCAUCAGACUUUAAGUGGCUGAAAUUUGGAUGAGGGCGGUUUCUUUCAAGCUCAGCCACGCAAAUUACUGUCAGAUUGGGGGAAGUUUGAAAAGUUUAAUGAGUUCCUAUUACAUUGGAGUCUGGUCUUUAAGAAGAAAAUGUACUCCCAAAAUGUGGAUCAAAAUAAUGUUAUAAUACGGCAUAGAUAGUUUUCUGAUGUUAGAUGAUAGUUAUCUUAUUGUAAUACCUUUUCAGAUACAUAAGGUUCCGUCUUUUUCUCUAGUUAUCUUUGGAGUGGCAUCACUCUAUUCUUGAUCUAGAUUGCAGGGAUGAAGAACCACGAUAUAAGUCUCAAGGGAAGAGACUGAAUCACAUCAUGCAGGUUAUCUUUCUGGUAUGAGCAAAUUAGUACUUUGCAAAUAUUCAUGCAGUUCUUUUGUCUUGUGUUGAUAGAGGAAAACAGCCUGAUUGGUAGAAUGGUAUUUGGUGUUACACCAUAUCCAAUAAGGCAUUUUGUAACGUGUUUGUUGUGGCCGGUUAGAUGUGAUGAGAGCUCUAUGACAUGAGAUGUUAUAUUCUAUUACUCUUGUUUAUAUUUCAAAGCUUUAUGUUCUGUAAGCACUAAAACAUACAUUUUGUUGUUAAAAUAUCUGAAAGAUUGAUUUGAUGGUCAUUGCCAGUGAAGUCUUCUUUGUUGCAACUGCUGAAUCAGUAUUCAAUGACUGCUGGAAACUUAUCAUGGGAGACAAAAAGAGGGUACUUUCAAUACCCAAUCUGAAAUGGAAAGAGCAUGCUCUGGAUACGUUCUUUCUGGAUGUCAUAUUAUCAACCCAAAGGAACGACAGGCAUAUGUUGUGUAAUGGUUAAUCUCUUCGCCGUUGCAUGGAGAAGACGGAGCUCAAUUCCUCCGUUGGGAAAUCAGUUCUCAAUCUGUUUGACUGGAUGCUGUGUCUGGCUCUGUUUGAGUAGGUCCUGACAGUCCAGAUUGAAGCAGACUGCUCUGUAAAUUAUCUGAACUGUGUCAGUUGGGGUUCACAAAACACUUACAUUAUUUGUAACAUAAUUCUGCUGAGAACAAGUUGUGCUUUGAGGAUAUUUUUUGCUUCCUCACCCUCAGUGACUGGAUAAUUUGAAGUUGGUUUAGCCAUGCAGUGACAAUAUGUUUUCAAAUUUCAAAAUGAACGACAUUCUGGUUUACGUUGAUGAAUAAAUUAAGAUGGGGAGGAGAGGGGUCGCACGCCUAGUCCUUGGGCAGCUUUUGAUCAGGACCUUAAUUUGCUCAGAUAAGGAUGGAAAACUAAAGCUCUUCCAUAAACAUUGCAAUUGUUUAGGCUGAUUGACUGUUGAAAGUCAAAGAAGAGCAGCCCUAUCCUGGAAAUAUCUGAACUCAAUGUUCCCCAAAACAGAAGAAAAUCUUACCAGCAUAAAUUAUGUGUGUAACAUCAGCUGUGCUCUGGGAAUAAAGAGUUGGCUUCCCCUGUACUAUGAAGGAAGAAAAUUGCAGCUGCUGCAGAAGUAUAAUUUAUUUGAACUUUAUAGGUAAGCCCUUAUUGCAAUGCCUUAUUGAUUGUUAUUUGUUUACUUGCACAUUUUGAACUUGUUAAAACUAUCAUGCUCUGUAGAAAGACCAUGAACAGAAAUUACUUGUGCAUUUCACAUGAAUAUUUUCAUUAUAUGUUCUGUUGGAAUAUGCAGCUUUUGUAUCCUGUAUCACAGCGAGAGGCAAGGAAAUGAUACCUCUCAAAUGUUAUGGAGAGGAAAAAUGAUUGUUUCUGAAGUUUCUCUUCCUUCUUAAACUAUGCAGCUUUGUUAUGUACUCCGUGUGUCAUUUCUGUAUGGUUGUCAAUUGAAAUUCUUGAAGAAGUAAUGUUUAAAUGUUGUGUUGAAUGUAAUUAAACUCUGUAGAGUGAUGCUUCUAUCAUUUGUUACUUCUCAGAUAUAAUGC